CUUAGAACGAUAUGCGGUGCAAUUUUGACUAGUUGGCCAUUACCGGAAGCGUGCUGCAUCAUCGCAGGAAAUCCAGCUACAUAAACCCAGAAAAGUUGCCAUUCGUCUUCUUCGUCAAUAACGCGCGGACAUUUCGACUGCUACGAACAUGAAUUUCACAUUGAACCAAACAAUUAUCUCAUUGGGAACUGUUCUAAAAACUACACCAAAACCAACAUUGGAGGAGGCCAUCCCGCCUGUUACCAACGAGUAUAACCCUGGACAAUCUGAAAGUCUGAAUUUUUUGUUUAUCCCGCUGGCCGUGCUUAUCACUGUGAUGUUGCUUUCAGUGAUGGUUUACUUGAUGGCAAGAAGAAAGGAUCAAAUUUUCACUAAGCGCUCAUAUGUGCCCAGUUUUUCGUUUGAUUCCUCGGAUCUCGACGAUAAUGACGAUCUAGAAACAGAACAUUUGCUCAAAGGUAAACUCCGUCUGGAUGAUCCCUAUUCCAAAGGUAUCAAUAGCAGCAGAGUCUACUCUGGCAACAAUGAGCUAUAUGCUUGAUUGACCCCAGGAUCCCGAUAUUUCAAGUUGCCAUUUAAUUUCCGUUAAGUUUGUACAAUUAGUGUGCUAGUAUUAUGAAUGAUCAAUUCACAAAUAUGUUUCGAAUAUUACUUUAUGUGAUAGUUUUUUCUAGUUGAAUAUUGUCUAUAUUUUUUCUAGUGUAAUCAACUUAUUAAAUACAUUUCUGUUAAUUAGAAAAGUGUGAGUCAAUUGGAUUCUUCCGAAUUUAGUAACCUAGAUGUAAGAUCGUAGAAUCCAAAAAAUAUGGCACCUCC